AUGGAUGACUUACCCGCAGACUGGAAGACUUCGCUCGCCUCCAUUGCCACUACUUUACUCGAUGGCAAUCCAACUGCGAUCUUGCUAGCUCUCGUCAUUACGCUCAGUCUUCCUAUUCUUUUGCAUUUCUUCUUCUAUCGCAAAGCCGCGAGUCCGUCUUUGUCUACAUUUGUGUUGCUUGGACCUAGUGGAUCUGGAAAGACUGCGUUUUUGUCGCUGGUCGAGUCGGCUUCACUACUCGAAUCCAAGACGCUAUCCACUACCACUCACACCUCCCAAACAUCCACAUCUACAACCGUGACUCUACCCCCCUCGGUCCCCGUAUUCUCCAACCGCUAUCGCUCCGUGAACGACCCCAGUCUCCCCGACGCUAAAAGAAAUGCAGUCAAAUACGUCCUCCGGGACACACCAGGCCACGGUAAACUGCGAUCCGCGCAAUUAACCCAACUACAAGCAGAGCUCAGCUCAAAGAAGAAGAAGAAGAAGAAGAAGAAGGAUACAUCCUCGAUUCGAGGAAUUAUUUUCUUCGUGGAUGCCGCGUCUCUAGCGGAGGGCGCGGAGAAUUUGCGCGAUUAUGCAGGUUACUUAUACGAUAUCCUCCUCGUGCUACAGAAAGUCGUAUUGAGUAAAGGCACGUCUGUGAAAGCUGGAGCGAACGUCCCUAUUUUAGUGGCGGCAAAUAAGCAAGAUUUGUUCACGGCUCUGCCGUCCGGAUCUGUCAAGCAGAAACUCGAGUCGGAAAUCGACCGGAUUCGACAGACCCGUCAAAAGGGUCUAUCGGACGUUAGUGCUGGCCCUGAGCAUGAUGAGGAUGAAGAUGAGGUUUUGGGCGGAGAUGGCGUUGCGUUUACGUUCCAGGGAUUGGAGGAUGAUAUUAGUGUCAAGGUUGAUGUUGUUGGUGGAUUCGCCAAGGUUGAGAAUGAGAAAGAUACCGCGAGUGCGACUGGCAUCCGGAAAUGGGAAGAAUGGAUUGGGUCGUGUUUGUGA